GAAAGAAGAAACAAUGAUUAGAUUCCAUCAAAUUAAUCAAUGAGAAAUUGCAAAGAAACCCUUCAAUUAAGUGUAAAUUCCCAAAAAGGGCUCAGAAGACAUUUUUGUGAGAUAGAAAGUACAUGAAAAACCAGAGAAUCUCCGAAGCCCUGUCAAAUUGGUUUGGCUUGCUUGGCUAUGUCCUCACUUCUGCGUCCUCCACUCAAUUAUUUCGCCAUUUCUAUCAAAUUAUAAAAAGUUCCCAUCUUUCUCUCUCUAAUUUUAGGGUUUUCCCCUCUUUCUCUCUCCUCCUCUUCGCCAUACUCGUACCUUACAGACAAUUCCCAGUUUCACUUUUUACUUUCUCUCCCCUCUUGCUGAAGAUUGCGCGAUUUUACCGUGAAGUUGUUUGGCUGUGGGAUUUCCUGCCCUUUUUUUUGGGCGAUUUCUGGUAACUUGCUAUAAUGGAGGACAAUUAUCAGAAUCACAGCAACAACAAUAACAGUAGUAAUAGCAACCGAGUUCCUUUGAUGGAUGAUGGGGAGCUCGAGUUUUCGAAUCAAGAGUUGCUUUCUAGUGCAAACAUUGGCGAUGUUCCAAGUAGUGGAUCUAUGGAUAGUUUCUUUGAUGAACUUCUAAAAGAUACUCAUGCUUGUACUCAUACACACACCUGUAACCCCCCAGGGCCUGAUCUCCAUCAUACGCACACCUGUUUCCAUGUGCACACUAAAAUCCUUCCUCCUCCCAGUGAAGAAGAGAAGAGUGGUAACAAUGACGAUUCUGCUGAAUCCGAGGAACUGAAGAGUAAGAAACGAGGGAGGGAGCGUGGGGGAAAUAGAGAAGCUGUUCGCAAGUAUCGUCAGAAGAAGAAAGCUCAUGCAGCCUCAUUGGAGGAUGAGGUUGCGAAAUUGAGGGCUCUGAAUCAGCAACUGGUAAGGAGGUUGCAGGGCCAAGCUGCAUUGGAGGCUGAGAUUGCAAGGCUCAAGUGUCUGCUUGUUGACAUAAGGGGGAGAAUUGAAGGGGAGAUAGGCUCAUUUCCAUAUCAGAGACCAGUCAAGAGUGGGGAUAUGUAUCAAAAUAAUGGCAAUACUGGAUUUCCUGGUUCCUAUAUGAUUCCAUGUAAUGCUCAAUGUGGCGAUCAGAUUUAUUGCCUCAAUCCCGGAGUUGAUGGAAAAUCUGCUGAAGGUGCAGCUUUAAUUGAUCAAGGUUUUAGUGGUUGUGACUACGAGAAUUGCAUGGCUAGUUUGGGAUCUACACCAAAGGACCAUUUUAGUUGCGGUACGACAAAUGUGACAACCACUGGCAUUUCAUCUGGUAAUGCUAGGAGAAAGAGCUAACCAUGCAAAAUUAGCAAGUUAAUCGGUCACUCUUGAAUCUUGAUGCUAUGGAGAUAUGAAGCUGAGACAUGUAUCAUCUGGAAGUAGCAUCAGUGAACUAGGAAUGCUUUCACUACUCAGCAGAGAUUCCCAUCUAUUGCUCGCUCCUUUUUCUAAUAAUUACAUUCAGUCUUUUUCUUUUUCUCUUUCUCUUUCUUUCUUUCAUUUUUUUUCGGGACGGAGGGAUCCCUCUUCUGUUUAUGUGGCUCUAUUACUUGCAUUACUCUCUUUAUAUCUGUGGAGAUGUUUGUCCACUCCUUUUUGAAAUCUUAGAACAUGCUAUAUUCUUAGGACUUGUAAUUGUUAUUUCGUUGGUUUGUGUAAGUUUGAAGUGAGAACUUUUAAUUCUCAAGGAGCUCCAAGUGUUUCAUCACUUGUGUUAUCUGUAGGUUCUGUAUUCAGUUGAUUGUAUGAAAUCUGCAAUUUGUUGCAAGGUUUUCUGAAACUUGAUGAACUCGAAAGAAACUAUGCUUUACAGUGAACAGGUCUACUAUUUAAUACAUUAUUGGUUUUCAAAUCAA